GAAGGCCGGGACCUAUUUAUUUUCCCCAGCUCCGGUGCUCGAUAAGCAUGUAUGUUUCUGUCUGAUAGCAAACAGCGAGCCCGUAUUGAUCAGCGCAAGCCGAGUAAACAAGUGUCGGUCGGGUAUGGGGGGACAGGGGUCUGUACCCUGCCAGCCUGCCUGCUUGUGCUUACAUGCCAACCAUUUCUCCCUCGCUAGACCAGGCACGCAGAGAGUACCGUAGCGUGGUCGGCGCAAGGUUUGUCCUGCCGUUAUUUGGUUUAUGAUUAUUCUGGAUCUGUCAAUCAGUGAGCUGGCUAGUGGGUGGCUGCUGUCCAUUGCUGAAUUUGAAGUGCUGAAUCUCGGAGGAAGGGAAGUGUGAGGACGAGCCACGGGGAGGAGCGGAGAGUGCAUCAGAAGAGGCUAAGGAGGGCAACGUGACUGUGUGUGUGUUUUGUUGUUGUGGCUCAGUAGACUGACGGUCAGUCAUGUAGCUUGGGCCCCGCACCGAACAUUGCCGAGUAGAACCGACGUGUUCCGAGGACGGAGACUGGCGGGCCGCGUGGUGCUGAACGCGCCGGAUCGCUCCACUACACGGCAACUGGCAAGUUCACAAGACAGGCAAGCAGGCAGGCAGGGACAGGCAGACACGGCGAGAUCCACAAGCAGUCGCAGCUGGCAAGCAAGAGAAACAACAGCAGAUUUCAACUCGCUGGCGCCACAAACUUCACAGGAUCGCAACAAGGCAAGAGGAGCAUGCUGGAGCCGCGCUGGAGGCCAGUGCAGGGUCAUUUGGGCGAGAGUCCGUUCGAAGGGGGAUCUUGGGCCAAAGCUCAUUUCACCGCUCAGGCCUCUCCUUGGCAGCCUGCACUUCGAGGAACCCACGGCCGUGCCCAUGAUGAAUGCAUGAUGGACCAUGAAACAGAUGGUGACGGUGCUAUCAACCUAUCUACGUCCCAGCGCCCUUCCGCAGCGACAACUCCCAACGGCAAUGUUGAGUACGACGACCAAGAUCAGGCUUCGUCUAUAGUGAAAGCUCUGAAGCACCAACAACAAAGGGAUCGAGACAGGGACCGUGACGUGGAGUCUGCGGGCAAUGGGAAAUGCAGCCCUGGCCCUGCUCAGGUCCCCGCAAGUAGCAAAUCUUCCGCAUCAACGCAACCUCCAGGGCCAACCACUACUUCCACGCAGCCAUCCCAACCCCCAUCUCAACAGCCGCAACAGCAGACAACGUCCCAAACAGCACCUCAACAGCCGUCACCUCAACAGGCUCAGCUGCCUCCCCCCACCCCUCAUCAGCAACAGAUAAUGUUGUCUCCAGCCUCAGGACUCCAUCAGAUGCAACAGCUUCUUCAGCAACAAAUUCUUAGUCCAGCUCAGCUGCAGUCUCUCAUGCAACAACACACGUUGUUCCUUCAGCAACAACAACAGCAACAUCAUCACCAGCCGGAAUCGGCAAGCGAUAUUCCUGCCAAUGACAGAUUUGGUUACCUUACUCUAAAAUCAGUGCAGCAGCAACAGUUGGCAGAACUGGGAAGGAAACAGUUGGAGCAAGCCAUGCAACAGCUGCAGGAACAGCUGCAACUGAAUCUUAUCCAGCAAACGCAUCUUCUUCAGACGGGGGACAAGAAGAAAGCGGCAGCCCCGUUGCAGCAGUUAGCGUUGCAGCAACAACAGCUGAUGCAACAGUUACAGAUCACGCAGAGGCAGUAUCUCCUACAACAGGGUAUUGGAAUGCAGCCCAUGGUUCUGGCGCAGGCGCAGGCUCAAGUUCAGGCUCAGGUUCAAGCUCAAGCGCAAGCACAAGGCGCAGGCAUGCCGUCAGCGGAAGUAACCAGCCCGUGGAAAGAAGCUUCUAGUGAAGGCCUGGAUAGCCAUCUUAACCCCCCUGCCCACAAGAGCAUCACAGGUCUGAAUGGACUACUGAGUUCCAUGGGGCUUGGUCGUAGAGAAGGUUUGAACGGAAUGGCGGGUCUGCAGGACGACAAGCUGCUGGACGGCUGUGGUAACGACAAGAUGCAUCCCCUGUACGGUCACGGGGUCUGCAAAUGGCCAGGCUGUGAGGCCAUCUGUGACGAUUUCCAGUCAUUUCUUAAACACCUCAACACAGAGCACACGUUAGAUGACAGGUCCACUGCGCAAGCAAGAGUACAGAUGCAAGUGGUAUCUCAACUGGAACUUCAAUUGCAGAAGGAGAGAGACCGACUGCAAGCCAUGAUGCAUCAUUUGCACAUGUCCAAACAGCAAGCUUCUCCUGAACCUCCAAAAUCAGAACCUACGACUGGACCAAGUCUGACCAAACUGAGUUUGUCUUCAGUUCUCUUGAGCCAACCACCACCAAGCCUGGUGACAUCUGCUGUAAGCCAAGUUGCACCAGUGUCCAUGUCAGCUCUGGUCUCUGCUGUGCGGUCACCUGUGUUACAGCCACCGACACCCAACAUAGGUGGACCAAUUAGAAGGCGGAUCAGUGACAAGUCUGCAUUAUCUCUUGCAGGAGGAGCUUUUGAAGAAACUCCAUUAAGGCGGCGAGUUGCAGACAGAGUGGCAGUAGAUAUUACUGAAGAAAUUCAGAGGAAUCGUGAGUUCUACAAGAAUGCAGAUGUGAGGCCUCCCUUUACCUAUGCAUCUUUAAUACGGCAGUCCAUCAUUGAAUCACCAGACAAGCAGCUCACACUCAACGAGAUUUACAACUGGUUCCAAAACACUUUCUGUUACUUUCGUCGAAAUGCAGCGACAUGGAAGAACGCGAUCCGCACCAAUCUGUCACUGCACAAGUGUUUUGUGCGCUAUGAAGACGACUUUGGCUCCUUCUGGAUGGUGGAUGAUGCAGAGUUUGUCAAGCGACGCCAUCUUUCUCGUGGUCGUCCCCGGAAAUAUGACCCCACCCCAUCACCCACUCCACCCCACCUCUCCGCACAGGGAGUGCAGUCUAAAAGCCCCACCUUGACACACAGCCCCACGUUGUAUGGAGAUGCAUUGAAUGCCAGCUUACAGAACUCCCAAUGUGAGAAUUAUUCUGAGGCUGCACUUGGUGACAGCAACAUAGGGUUUCUCAACAAUUCUAUGAGCACUUCCACAACAACCAGUCCAGAAAAAGUACCAUCUCCACCCUUGGAGCACAGAGCAUCAAUGGAAGGAGCCAUGAUGCACAUCAAACAGGAAGCUGUGCCACCUGUGCUCCCUUCUUCAAUGGUAACUGAGAGUGAAGGUCUGGUGCACCUGAUAAAGCGAGAGGUGUUAGAACAGGGAAUGGAUGGAGAGGAGACAGAGGGUGUGGGUGUUGAAGUUGAUGAAGAGAGAGUUUAUGGACCUGGAGCUUCAGUAGGUACGCCCAUGGAUCAGAGUCACGAGUUGGAAGAAGGAGACGAGAUGGCUGAAGACCUCUCGAUGGUCCCAGAUGUGGUGGAAGAAACACUUGAGGCAUAGUAUGAACGCCUUCCCAAGGGCAAAGUGUUUACCAUAUCUUGUGUUUAAUGUUCAGUUGCAAACUACAGUGUUGGGGAAUGAUCAGAAUGGACCAUUACUUUCCCCUGGUUGUGUGCGUUACCUUGGAACAAGAAAAUGCUAAAUCUAAUCCAUAUCUCCUCAGAAGCAAUUGCAGACUAAUUGAAUUUGACUGUUGCAAUUAUCAACUACUACCUUGGCGAGUAAAUGUCAAUCAACAAAUAUUAGCUGAACUGCAGGCUGUGUGUAUGAAUGCCUGUGUAUAUGUGUGUGUAUGCUUGUGUGUAUGUAUAUGUAUGUAUAUAAAUAAUGUGGACAUCUUCAAUGAAUAGUAACAUACGAGAGUGUUAUGAAGACUGCAUAGUGAAUGAUUGUGUUAUCAUAUUUAUAUAUAUAUAUAUAAAUAUCCAUAUACAUUUAUAUAUAUAUAAAUAUAUUUAAAGAGCAUGUAACUUAUAAUUGGUAGGAAAUUAGAGUUGUUCUUCUGUAAGGUUCUGUAUCAGUAGCACUAAUGAGAUACAUUCAAUGCUGAGACACUAAUGAAUAAACUGAAAGGUGGUGCAACUGUCCAAACAUUGAUUGUCAGCACGAACUAAAAGUAUACGUGUCAAAGUGUCAUGAAGUCACAUUGGCUCACAUCAGCUGAAGCUGCGCCUAGUCCUGAUGUGUGAGUUGGAUAUCUACCAUAUGUAGCAUCGUAGUGUGUAGAAGCAUAUCUUUCACGUGCAUUAUUUAUUUUCUUCGUUAACAUCCAAGUACAAUAUUGUACCUCAACAUGCAUGUUCUUUUCUCAGAACAAGCUGGGAUGGAGCAACCUUGCCAAGGAUCAGGCUAUAAUGUUGAUGUGAAUGUUAGUUCUCAUUUUUGGGAUGGAAGUGUAAAGAGAGUACUCUAGACAGGAAAUCAUUUCCUAACUUAUUUUAUUUAUAUUGAGAAGUUCCUUUCCAAUUCUAAGAUUAAAACUCAAAAAUAGAUUGCUCUCUGUGUUCAUAUGUAGGCCAAGAGGAUGUUUAUUUUAUGCUAAUUCUUGUCAUUAAUUGUGUUAUUUUAACAUGUUUAUUAUAGUUGAGAAAUCAGACAUGUCCAUGUUAAAUGUGAUGGAGUCUUUGUCUCCAUUACUGCCUAAAUACAUUUUUCCACUUAAAUUCGCUUUGAAUUCAAGUACAGGGUAGGUUGGCAAUCUCAAAAUACAGAGAGUUCCUACAACUUGGUUAUUAUGAACUGUGAACAGUUAAAGGAAGCACAAUGGGAAACCACGUAAAUAAAGGAACUAAUGUAAAUUCUGGCAUGCUAGAGUGCUAUCAGAGACAUCGGUAGUUUAGUACUGAUUGCUGUUAGAAUGUGCAGGCAAGGAAUGGGACAAUAGCAUUGCAUAGAAAUCACUGCUUAGAUGCUUGGUUGAUGUUAGAAUUCUUACAUGCAAAACUGAGGGAAACAUCCAUAUCAUUGCUAGUCGUCAUGUAGUUUGGUAAGAGAUGCAAAAAAAAUGUAAUUGGAAUAUCAGAAGCCAACAGCAAUACUGAUGGAAUUAUUUUAUACAUCCUAUGAAGAACUGUAUUAUAUUAUAUAUGUAUACAGAAGAUCAAGAGGGUGCAAUUUUUUUUUUUAAGUUAUAAAUCAAAUAACCUGAGUUGAAACUUAAUCUUAAUCUGCACAUCUUUGUUCUCUUAUAAGGUAAAUUAUCCAGUAAUUGCUUUUACUGUUUAUAGUCUGAAUGGACUUAAUGCAUUCCUAGUUCAUUUUUUCUGUUUACAGUAUAGGAAAUGUGUAAUUACAUCAUUGUGAUUACCCAGAAUUCAGUGGGCAUAUAUGUGAUUUUUAUGUCAUGUUAUGAUCAGUAAUUAAUAAUUUCAAAGGAACUGCAAAGUUUUAUUAGUUCUGUCUGAAAAUUGUAGAAGAACUAUAAUUCAUGCACUGUUCUGUGAAUGGAGAUUUGUUAGUAAGUCUUUUAUUUUGAAACAAUUCUGUGGCACUUUUGAUUAUAUCUUAGUGCCAGUUUAAGGCAUAAACAUUGAUCGAAACAUUUCUCUUAAUGACCUUCGUCUAUACUUUUAUAAUGUAUAGAAUGCCAUUAUUUGUGGAAUUAUUCAUGUUUUAGAAGCUUGUAAAAUUAUGGAGAAAAAAUUUAUUUGGGCUGUGGUGUACAGUUGUUAAUAGAGACAGACUUUAUUGUGUA